GCAACGGUUCUCUGCUCUAACCUGUUUCUGUUUUUGGUUUUUAAAUUUCCAUUUUCUCGGGAUUCUGUGAGCUCCACUGCCUCCCUGAUUUCCCGUGAGAUUCCCCCAGCAUCUAACGGCCGUAAAGGACGAAGCAAAUUUCAUACACCGGGUCCAGCUAUCAAAGAGUUGAUGAUGGCGAUGUUUAGUCUCUUUCACCCCAGCCUGAGCUCUCCCAUUUACACCUCUUAGCAUUCUUUUUUUUCUCUUGAUCUUGACAAUCUUAAAUCUGCACUUCUCCAUCUGGUCCUUUUCCUUUAAAGUCUCCUCCCCUCCUCUAUCCCCACCAGGCCCUUCCCGGAGUACACUUUUUAAUAUUUAGCGGUUUUCGGGAAGGAAAAACAAAAAUAAAAUAAAAAUAGAAAGGAGAGCUGAAAAUGGGCGAUAUUCUGUCUGAUUUUUUUCAAGAACAUGAAUUAGGAGAUACCAAUCUGGCUGAAGAUGAUCUUUUCAGCAUCUUUGAGAGCUUAGAAAGUGUGGCGGAGUUCCCUCCGAAUGAUCAUGAAGUUGUGGUUAACGCCUCGAAAGAAGGCGAAGAGACUGGAAGACUGGUCUCUCAGAAGUCUACUUCCUCCAGUGCCUUCCAGGAGUCGGAGAGCGUGCUUGAACCAUCACCGAAGAGCAAGAGACUGAAACUUGCAGGGAUGACUUCUUCGGAGGAAGCUAACCCGGAAGGGCAAAUAAGGAGUACUUCCCAUAUUACUGUGGAGCGCAACCGGAGGAAGCAAAUGAAUGAGCAUUUGUCUGUGUUGAGGGCACUUAUGCCUUGCUUCUAUGUCAAAAGAGGAGAUCAAGCAUCCAUAAUUGGAGGAGUGGUCGAUUACAUCAAGGAGUUGCAGCAAGUUCUUCAAUCGCUUGAGGCCAAGAAGCAACGAAAAGUUUACAGUGAAGUCCUCAGCCCUAGGCUAGUUUCAAGUCCAAGACCCUCACCGCUUAGCCCUAGAAAGCCACCUCUAAGCCCUAGACUAAACUUACCCAUCAGCCCAAGAACCCCACAGCCAAGUAGCCCCUACAGGUCAAAGUUGCAGCAAGGUUACCUCUCUCCAACCAUGGCUAGCUCAAUUGAACCAUCUCCAACAUCUUCAUCUACUACUUCAAUCACUGAUAAUGUGAUCAAUGAACUCGUUGCAAAUGUGAAGUCUCCGAUUGCAGACGUGGAGGUGAAGUUUUCAGGUCCAAAUCUUCUUUUGAAGACAGUAUCCCCUCGGAUCCCAGGGCAAGCCAUGAAAAUAAUUUCUGCACUUGAAGACCUCUCCCUCGAAAUUCUCCACGUAAGCAUCAGCACUGUUGACGAAACCAUGCGUAACUCCUUCACCAUUAAGAUUGGAAUUGAAUGCCAACUUAGCGCAGAGGAACUCGCACACCAAAUUCAGCAAACAUUCUGCUAAGUUCACUGAUCAAGAUUAUAAAUUGUUUCACCAUGAGCAGUCUCAACUGGCCUAUCUAACAAGACCUCUUUCUUUCUUUGUGAACUGAAGUGCAUGCACUAAUAAAAGAGAAUGUAGGGAUUGGCAUUUUCCGACAUUCCUUUUUAACUAUAAAUGUAACUGUAAUCAGCCAUGGCCUCAUCAUGUGUUAGGUAGUCAUCAUCAUGUGUAACUCUCUCUGUAGCUGAGCUUUUUCAAAUUUGAAGUUGCAUGGUCGUCUAUGAUGAA